AUGGCGAGGAAUCACGUGGGAGGCGAUGAAGAAGAUGAACACAACGAACUCCCGCCGCCAUCAUAUGCCGAGGCCACAGGUUCAUCGGCAAGCCUUCCAAUCAACGGACAACAGAGCGGCUAUGUAGACGAGAAAGAGCGACUACGGCAUUCGUUGAGAUCAACGUCGAGCCCGAGUAUUCCCCCAUAUCCCGCGACCGGCAUGCUGGAACUUGUCGUUGACUUCAAGAAACCGAUGCUGGAUUUCUGGACCUUGAACAUCACACCCCUGGAACUGUUGCCCGAACUUUCCUACUGGCAACUGAGGUACAGCACAAGAUACAAGGCCACAAUGCGGAGGCAUGCGCCAGAACCACAGUCAAAUUUUCCUCUCAGAGAAGUCGCAGAGAUCAAGUUCCCUGAAAACGUCAAGCCCGACUGCGGGCCCUUGAUCACAUUCUGGCCCCACGAAGAGGAGAUCGAAAGGGCGGGACUCCGCCAUGUCUCUGCGACGGAGAGAUACAUGCACUGUAGCGGAUGGGUCGCGAUUAAAUUUGCAUUGGAUCUGCCUGCCUUGGGUGGGUCGAGAGUGGUAUGGAUGGUCCCCAAGGGGAGGGAAACGACCAAAGACUCCGAACAAGAAGCCAAUGUCGAAAGAAAUCCGAGCACAUCUGAAAAGGCUCCUGACGAACCAUCGAGCAAGGAUCGAAGAAGAUCGACAGUCAAGAGUUUGUCUUGGACGCCUUUUCCAACCCAGCAUCUCGUCGAAGAAUGGUCGAAUCGCAUUGUGGCGACCUAUACCCGCGCAGCUCCGUGGUCGAAGCACCAAGGCUAUUUGACGAUUCUACCAUCCGAACGAGGAUUGACUGCCGAGAUCAUCGAGGGUAUCGUCAUCGCUACAGCAGCUAUGGUUGGAAUGCAGGAUGCUAUUGGGAUGGCCUCCUCGUUGAUUGAAUCUGGAUUUGACUCUGUCAGGAACAAGGGCAAGGGGAAGAGCAAAGACAUUGGAUGA